AUGAUUUUGGAUCUUGAGCCAGCUGUGGCAUAUGCUGGCUACACGAAGAUCAGUCAUGACAGUGGUGCAGCACCGUCCACACGGUGCCCCUUCGAGGAAUAUGAACGGAUCCUUGAGAAGAAUCCCAUUUUGGCGCCCACUGGCUGUACGGAAGAAUCUUGCCAAGCUGGACGUCUCAUCCACAGCGCUGAGCCAAAGGUCGGGAAGAAUCGUCCCCUCGAAGUGGUGAAGAAUGAAGCGGUGGCUUUUCUCUGGCAGUUGUGGCAGGAAGGCAUCUACACCGAAGACCGUUACCUAGAAAGGCGCGCACAAGUACUGGAGGAGAUCGCUCGAUCAGCUAAAACCACAAUUGUGUGGGAUCAGGGAUACAAGCGACGCCGAAGAACUUGUUAUGGGCUGCGUCUGGCCUGGAAGAAUUCGCGCAGGUGUAUCAUGCGCUCGCGGUAUCAAGAUCUGGGCCUCUGUGAUCGGCGACAUAUUCAUACAAGCGUCGGUAUGGCCACAGCACUUCUCGAGGAAGCCACUAAGGCCUUCAAUGGUGGUCAGAUUAAGCCGACGGUGUUUGUGUUUCCGCCGAAGUCUGUGGAUGGCAGUGGCCCAAUGUUUUGGGACAAGCAAGUGCUGAACUUCGCUGGUUACGAGCUAGAGGACGGCUCUAUUGUAGGUGACCCCAGUAAUGUCAAGUUAACUCAAGACAUCAUUGACUUGGGCUGGGCACCACCACGGCCCAAGACCCCAUGGGAUCUCCUACCCAUUGUUGCCAUGGCGGAAAAUGACGCACCAGCUCUUGUCGAGGUGCCGGACGACCUCCGUCGCCUCAGGUGGUACCAAUUCCCAGCUCUAAUUCGACUGGGCUUUGAUAUAGGCGGACUUCAGUACACAGCAACGCCGUUUAUUGAAUGGUACAUGGAUGCGGAGAUCGGAGUGAGGAAUCUUACCGACACGUUCCGUUUCGACGCCCUGCCCGAGGUGGUCAAUGCCAUUGGGUUUGUCAUCGACGCUUAUCGUGCAAAGCCUGACCGCGCCCAAACCAUGCUGAAUUACGCCGUGCGUUGGUCCUUCCUCCAGCAUGGCGUUACUUGUGGAUCAAUCAUACCCGUAUGGCAUCAUGGUGGUGCGCCGAAUUACCAGCCGAAUCCCAUGAUUUGUCGAAAUCGGUAUGAUCCUGUUAAUUCCUGGCAGCGUCGGAAGGGUUCUACGGAGGCAGUUCCAGCCCUUCUGGUGAGAAACGGGAAUACCUGGGUCACCGAGGCUCUGACUAGGUUUGCCACUGAUAAUUCAGGCCCCAAGAGGUGUAAACUGACAGAAUCUCCCAGCAAAGAGCAACCCUGCACGGUGCAUAUAUCCUACUGCAGCCAGGUUGCCUCUACCACCGGCAGUGGUGCCUUUCAUGCCAAUAAGGCUGAUUUUGCGAAGGCCUUAGGACAUUUCCGCCACACGCUCAAAAUUGAUUUCUUCCGUGUGUGCCACCACCUUUUGUAA